CCCCCAAAUUAGGAAUGGGCGUGGUUCACGAUAGACCACGCCCAUAUAACCAAAUAAGGGAAUGGGCGGGGUCUUAUAGCCACGCCCAUUUUGCCACACCCACACAUUUGGGCGGGAACUCGUAUCCAAUGAGGCGACGUGGGCGUGGUCUGUGGUGGCCACGCCCCCUGCCCUGAGUCAUCCGCGGCGCGGCCCCGGCGGAGCGAAGUGCUCCCCAGUGACUCCCAGUGCCCCCCGGACCCCCCCAGCCAUGGAAAGUUUUCGGGGCCUCUCGGACCAGGAGCUGCUGGAGAAACUCCAGAGCCGGCGCGGGCCCCUGGGGCCCCCCCGAAAACUCUACGAGAAGAAAUUCUACGAGUUCGAGACCCGGCGGUGGCGGAGGGGGGGCGCGGAUGAUCCCAACAACGGCGGAGCCCCCCCAGAAUUUGGGGAGGGGGCGCGAGCACGGCAACCUAUUUUGGAGCGCCCCUCCCCCACUCUGAGGGAUCACCUGGACAGCCCCCUGCGUUUGGAGCCCCGGCAGCCGCUCCGAGCCCCCCCGGGACCCCCCAAAAUCUUCGCGGGACCCCCCGAGCCCCCCCCGAGCCCCCCCGGGCGCCUCCUCCCCCUCCGGGCCCAACUGGUGGCACUGGGGGUGAUUGGGGGGGUCCUGCUGGGGCUGCUGCUGCUGGGGGGGGCCCCUGGGUGAGACCCCCCCACCCCAAAAAACAAACCCACCCCGAAUCUUUGGAACCCCAAAAUUCACCCCAAAAUCCACCCCGAAAUCCCUCAGGGUGCUCAAAUUUCCUCCCCAAAUUCACCAGGGACCCCCCCCAGACCCUCAAAAUUCCUUUUGGGACCCCCCAGGAUCCCCAAAAUUCCCAUGGGACAUCCCUAGGACCCCCAAAAUUCCCAUGGGACACCCCAAGACCCCCAAAAUUCCUUUUGGGACCCCCCAGGACCCCCAAAAUCCCCUUUGGGACCCCCCAGGAUCCCCAAAAUUCCCAUGGGACACCCCAAGACCCCCAAAAUUCCUUUUGGGACCUCCCCAGGAUCCCCGAAAUUCCCAUGGGACACCCCAAGACCCCCAAAAUUCCUUUUGGGACCCCCCCCCAGGACCCCCAAAAUCCCUUUCGGGCUCUCCAGGACCCCCAAAAUUCCAAUGGGACACCCCCAGGAUCCCCAAAAUCCCCUCGGGAUCCCCCUUGGACGCCAAAACCCCCUUGGGACCCCCCCAGACCUCUCACGAACCCCCCCAAAAUUUGGGGAGUCCCGGCCCCCCCCACAAUAAACGCAAUAAACGUG